AUGGGUGCCCAAUCCUUCACCACCGUCCCCGCCAUCGCCAGCUUUGGCCGAAGCGGCUACAACAAAGACGGUGACGACGAUGACAAGCGCAACUUUGGUCGCAGCGGCUACAACAAGGACGGCGAUGACGACGACAAGAAGAACUUCGGCCGAAGUGGAUAUAACAAGGACGGCGACGACGAGGAUAGCCGAAUCAAUACCACCACCACCACCGGCUAA